CAAUGAAUUGUCCAGCAUUCUUUCCUGCUGAUGUGUGAGGGAGCUGCCUGUGCUGGGCGUCUGUUCCUGGUCCCCUCCUGCGGCUCCGACUCUUCUCCCUCUCCUCCAGUCGCAGAGCGGUGUGUAGAGGAGAAUCAUGUAAUGUAAGGAGCCGGCCGCCUAUUACACAUCACAUUACAGGAGGAAAAAGAAAAUCACGACUACAGGAGAUCCCUUCGCAAGAGCUGGACUCCUUCGCCCUGCGUACUCCCCUCUGAUGGCGUCCAAACUUCUGCGGGCUGUCAUUCUGGGACCCCCGGGUUCUGGCAAAGGGACCCUGUGCCAGAGGAUCGCCAAAAACUUCGGGCUGCAGCAUCUCUCCAGCGGAAACUUCCUCAGGCAGAACAUCAAAUCCAGCACUGAGGCUGGUGUGUUGGCCAAGCAGUACAUCGAGCAGGGUCUUCCCGUCCCCGAUGAACUCAUCACCCGCGUCAUGCUGUCGGAGCUGGAGAAGAGGACAACGCACAGCUGGUUACUGGAUGGUUUCCCCCGAACCCGGACGCAGGCAGAGGCGCUGGAUAAGAUCUAUGACCUGGACUUAGUAAUAACAUUAAAUAUUCCUUUCGAGACGCUGAAAGAUCGCCUGAACACGCGGUGGAUCCACCCACCCAGCGGACGAGUCUACAACAUGGAGUUCAAUCCUCCAAAUGUAUCUGGCAUUGAUGAUGUCACCGGAGAGCCAUUAGUCCAUGAAGAAGCAGAUAAACCCGAGGCGGUAGUUUCCAGGCUGCGCCAAUACAAAGAUGUUGCCAAACCGGUUAUAGAAAGAUAUAAGAGUAAAGGCAUCCUGCACACCUUCUCAGGGACAGAGACCAACAGAAUCUGGCCAUAUAUCUACACGCUGCUGAGCGCCCGGAUCACGCCGGUACACCCCGAGGACACGAGCCAGGCCUUCCGCCCCGAGGAGUCCUAAUGCCAACACCUAUUUAUUGGUCUUUGUGUGCCGUAUCAAUGUGGUGCUCUGUUCUCCUCUAUAAAUUGCUGUAUAUGGUAUUUUGUUAUAUAUAUAUUUCUCUUUUUAGAAGCUUUGAGCACUUAUGUUUUGGGAAAGUGUUUUUCGAUUUCGUUCAGUGUUGCAGAGAUUUGUGUCUCAAAAACCAAUGAAGUCCCCUGAUUUAGCUGCAAACCUACUACUAUAAUCAGGACACUGUGCCUAUCACUUAAAGGGUCAGUCCGCUCAGAAGUCAUUUUUUAGUUGGAGGCGGAGCCUUGCGGUCCAGCAAAAUCAGCUUUGGGGCGACUCUCCCCUAUAAAGAGUCAUUGCGCCAAAAAGAGAUUUCUCUUUUUUUUAAAGGACGCAGUGGAGAUCUUAAUCUCUGAUUAUUGGGUUAUGGCGCCACCUUCAGGAGUAGGUCAGUAGGCACAAAAUAAACCAGAAACACAGCCUUGUUAGGGGGUUUGAAUAAUACCAUCAGGGUGGGCCUCUAGGCACAUAUAUAUAUAAAAAAA